GCUUCGAAAGUAAUGUGUAAAGUAAACCACACUUGUUCUACCUCUGUUUAUUCGGAAAUAAGCUCAUUCUCGGAGAGCAGCUUGAGUGUAAUUUUAGAACAAAAAGGAGAAAAAAAAUGGAUACUAAUAUUUCUUCUUUACUCUUUUACUUCAUAGCAUUCUUUGCAUGCGUUGCUUCCCAAACUUGUGAACGAUCUCACUAUCAGAACUGUUUGAACAAGCUGCACUCUUUCACCGACAGAAAAGAUCUGCUAUUUGCAUCAACAGCUGAACAGUUGAAGGAUGAAUGCAUCCAAGCAAGGUCAGCUUUAAGUUGUGUGACAAGUUAUACUAAAAAAUGUCUCUCACCUGAAGAACGUCCUAAAUAUACAGCAGACUUUUCUGGAUCCGAAAGCGUAACUUUGGGAUUAUGUUCAGAAGAUGACUUCAAAACAAGUAAGAUGACUUUUGUUUUAUGUUACAGUUUAUCUAAAAAUAAUUACCAUUUCAUACAGCAGAGGAAUUCAAAACGAGCAAAAUCAAUUUCGUUUUAA